GAACAGAAUCAUGUCGACGUACUAAUUUGUGGUGCAGGUCCCGUUGGCCUGUUUCUAUCUAACGAAUUGGCUGCAUUCAAAAUAAAUUUCCGUAUCAUCGAAAAACUCAAUAAGCAUCCAAAUUUUUCAAAGGCUAUCUAUGUAUCACCUAGAACUUUGGAAAUUUUUGAUAAUAGGGGUCUUAUUGAUCCUUUCUUGGAAAAUGGUGUCAAAGUGAAACAAUUCACUACAUACCAAAGUACUCAGGAAUUAUUCAAGAUCGAUCUUAGUAGCAUGAAUAGUUUAUUUCCCUUUGCAUUAAUGACCCGUCAAAAUAAGACACAAGAUUAUUUAUUCGAUGCUUUACAUCGAAAGAAAUCAAUGGGGAUAGAAAAUGUUCCUAAUGUUGAAUUCAGCAUGGAACUGAUAAAAUACGAAGAGAAGGAUGAUCAUAUCAUCGCUAUUGUCAAAAAUAUAAAUAGCGGUAAAGAGGAAGAAAUCAUUUGUCGCUAUUUAAUAGGAUGCGAUGGUGUACAUUCCAGUGUCAGAAAAGGAAGAAAUGAUUGGAUUUUUGAAGGUCAGACAUUGAAUGCUUCGUGGGCCGUAGCUGAUGUAAGUAUUGAUCAUGAAUUGGUUAAAGACUAUCAAGUAACCCUUUUCGCAGCUCCUGGAGGACAUAUCGCAAUAUUACCAUUGGAUUCCCGAAAAAAAACUUUUCGUAUUAUUGGCAGAGUUCCUGAAGAGAACAUUACACUGGAUAAACUGCAAAAAAUGAUAGAUAAGAAAACUGCUCCUAUUAAACUUGAGAUAAAAGAUCCAGUUUGGUUAGCUAAUUUUAAAGUUAGUGAAAAAGUUGCGAAUAGAUAUCGAACAGGUCGUGUCUUCCUUGCUGGAGAUGCUGCACAUUGUCAUUCGCCGGUUGGUGGCCAGGGCAUGAACUUGGGGAUUCAAGAUGCUCAUAAUUUAGCAUUCAAGUUGGCACUAGUUAUUAAGAAUCAGGCUAUCAACCCUGAUAAGAUCCUUAAUAGUUACGAACAAGAAAGACGUCCUGUUGGCAAGAACGUGGUUUCUGGUACAAGUUUUGCAACAAAAAUGUUGAGUGGCAAUGAUUUUAUUAGCAAUUUGUUACGGUCGUCUGUAGCACCCUUCAUGUUCCAAUUUUUUCCACAACUUGCAUUUAAUUUUCAAACUAAUUUAUUUCAAACUGAUCUCAAAUAUUUUCCCGAAACAUCCGAGAUUCUUCAUAAAUACAAUCCUCUUUCACACUCUAAAAACAAAUUGAUCAAAGCGGGUCAUUAUGCAAUAGACGGACCAUUAAAGAAAGUAAUCCCAAAAAAAAGUCAUGAUCGCAUAACUUUAUUUGAUGUCUUUUGUUCAACUGCAUUGAAACAUACCCUUAUUCUAUUCACUUUAACUAAGGGUGUCACAGCUGAUCGUAAUCCACUUAUAAAUACCCUGUUGGAGAUUUACUCUGGAUAUAAAAACGCUAUAACCCCAGUUAUCGUUUCGUAUCAGGGUGCUGUUCAGACUGCUGAUAUACCAUUUAUGUCAUUCUUGGAAGAAGGUCGAGAACAGCAUAUAUUUAUGGAAUCACAAUUCGAAUUACAUGAAAAAUAUGGCAUCACGAAAGAAAUUGGCCAGCAGGCUUUUAUACUUGUUCGACCUGAUUUAUAUAUUGCUAGCGCUGUGUUUGAGAAUGACGUUGAUAAAUUAAGAGCUUUUUUAGAAGGAUACUUUGUCAAGUUAGUCAGAUAG